UGGUGACGGUUAGGGUCGGGAGGUUUUUGCGCGAAAAGGUCCUGCAGAUGUUGGCGGUCUGAGCAGAGAAGAAGAAGAAGGAGAAGAAGGUCUGCACUUCAUGCUGAGGCACUUGACGUGGUAUCAAAGGAAAUAUUUCUGCUGAAAUGGAAAGCUUUGGAGAUAUCCAAGUGAAGGAGCUGAGCAAGCGGGCGUCAGGACAAGCAUUUGAGGUCAUCCUGAGCCCCUCAACUCCCGAUGGCAAGAGCGAAUUCCCGUUGUCUCCUGUUAAGAAAAAGGAAACAUCGCUGGAUGAGAUUAAGAGGAAACUGGAAGCUGCAGAAGACAGACGCAAGAGCCACGAGGCUGAUGUGCUGAAACACCUAUCUGAGAAACGAGAGCACGAGAAGGAGGUCAUCCAGAAGGCGAUAGAAGAAGACUGCAACUUUAGCAAGAUGGCACAGCAGAAACUCGAUCAAAAGAUGGAGGCAAACAAGGAGAACCGCACCGCUAGGAUGGCAGCUCUCAAUGAGAAAUUCAAGGAGAAGGACAAGAAGCUUGAAGAAGUGAGGAAGAACAAGGAGGCAAUCAAAGAAGUGGAGAAUUAAUUAGUUUAUGAUCUGGAAAACAGUCUUUACAUCUCCAAAGAUAAGCUUUAUUUUUUAUUUUACUGACACUGACCCAUUGUAUUGUUUGUUGUGUUAGUACUGAUUGUGCUGUGCUAUGUUGCAUUAAAGUUACACAAUGUUAGAUUGGGUGUGGAUAUAGUCAGAUCUUUCUUAUUGGCAGCUGAUUAGACUAGUUUUUGUGGUACACAUUGUAUUUUUUCAUUCCAUUGUAAUAAGUUGGUCCUAAAACUGUUAAAAUGCAUCAUAUAAUAGUGUUCUGGUACUGUUGAUAUUGUUGCAUGUUUGAAAAUAGACUACUGUGCGAUACCAAGGUUCAAUCAUUAAAGUCCAUAUCCCCAAGGUA